UCCAAUCUCCAUAGUCCCUUCCAUAUUUUGCAUAUUUCCCUUUUCUUCCCUGAAUUCUAGACGGAUAGUGUGUGGGAUCAAAGCGGGGGAAGGAACGAGAAAGCUCGACUAUGGCUUCUCCAUCGACAUUGGGAUGUUCAUGGAAGACGACAAAUGACUCUGCUUUCACAGUUUUGUCGUCUUGGACCUCUUCAACCCUCUCUUUGUCUUCCCGCAGAAGAAUCAGAGGAACCCAUCUCGCCAAAUACUCUCUAGUUAACUCUUCAAUGGGGAAUUCGAAUCCUGAGCUUCCUCCUGCUAGUAUUCGAAACUACCAGAAACAGAAAUCAGUCCAAACUGGGAAAUCGACCGAUGUCACAGUUUUAUUUCAAGCUGAUGAAGACUACCCCGUUAAGCUGAAAAGUUUAAACUCAAUUACAUUUGAAGAGAAGGCGAAGGAGGAUAGCCCGUCGAGUCCACAGCAAUCGAGAAAGAGUUUGAAGUCGUUCGAAAGUCGGCCUUUGUGGCGCAGGAUUUUAUUCCCUUCCAAGAAGGUCAGGAGCAUUAUCCUGCUCAAUGUUAUCACCAUUGUGUACGCCAGCAAUAUCCCGGUUCUGAAAGAGGUCGAAGGAAUCACAGAUCUAUCCCUAUUCACUGUAGUAAGAUUUGCUUUAUCAGCAAUCCCAUUUUUACCAUUUGUGUUACGGGCAUGGGAUGAUGUCCAAACCAGAACUGCCGGGAUUGAAUUGGGAUUCUGGGUCAGUAUGGGCUAUCUCAUGCAAGCCCUUGGGUUGCUUACUUCUGAAGCCGGCCGUGCAUCGUUUCUUUGUAUGUUCACUGUAAUUGUUGUACCAUUGCUGGACGGCCUGUUAGGAGCAAAAGUGCCUGCUCGUACGUGGUUUGGGGCUCUCAUGUCUAUCAUGGGAAUCACUAUGCUGGAAUCAAGUGGUUCUGCUCCCUGUGUUGGAGAUCUUUUGAACUUCUUCAGUGCGGUAUUUUUUGGUGUUCACAUGCUUAGAACAGAACAUAUAACAAGAAGUACAGGAAAGGAUAACUUCUUACCACUUCUUGGAUAUGAGGUCUGCGUUGUUGCCUUAUUUUCAACAAUAUGGUAUUUCGUGGGACGUUGGUUUCGCGGCACACAAGAUUGGAACCCAACAACCUGGACAUGGAGCCUGGUAUGGAAUUGGAUGGUUGCGUUUCCAUGGAUACCAGCAUUCUAUACAGGCAUAUUUUCUACUGUGUUAUGCCUAUGGGUAGAGAUGGCUGCCAUGCGUGAUGUGUCAGCAACAGAAACAGCUAUUAUUUAUGGUCUGGAACCACUUUGGGGUGCUGGUUUUGCAUGGUUUUUCCUUGGUGAAAGGUGGGGUAUUGCAGGAUGGAUUGGAGCUGCUCUCAUACUCGGUGGCAGCUUAACAGUGCAGAUCUUUGGGUCACAAACUCCUGCUAGAUCCAAAGAAGAAGAUAAACAGAACAGUGGACAAAGUGAUCACUUACUGAUUUCAGAUAAGCAAAACGGUUUAUCUACAUCUCCGGUUGUUGUUAGAUCCAGGAAGAGAGUUCCAGAUAUUUUAAAGAAGUAAACUAAUUCAUCGGUGUUCUUGGUCUUUGUAAUUUUUGUAAAGCUUUUAUCCUCUAUCGUGUAGUGUAUCUACAGUGAUAACUUCGAGAUCUGUAUUU